UCGUUACCGACAUGCUUCUCGCGUAUAGGCCGGGAGUUGGGGCAGUAGUGCUUCACAUCCGAAGCGAUACUUGGAUUAUACAGUACUGUUACCAUCGGCGUUUGGAUUUGGAUACCCUAAGGAUUUCAUUACAUACCUCAGCCUAUUCACACUGCGACUUUCUCUGUACUUCAGUACUUGGUUCAUACCUAGGUAUCCUUGAUGCUGGUAGGGUAGUGUGCAUGGACCACGUCCCUUAUCGAUCGAUCACGCAUCUUACUAGAGCUCCCAGAACUCCGUUAACUCCAGCCUUCCAUCAAUCCCCACAACAUGUCUAACAACCCCGACACUACAGAGCCCCUCUCAGAUAUUCACGCGUCGUACUCUCCACGAUCAACACCGUUGCAGCGCGCCAAACAUUCUCCCGACGACGAGCUCCGCGAGCAACAGCAGCCUGGCGAUGCGCCAGAGGACGAUGAUGAUGACGAUGUACCGUAUCCCGAGCCUAGUUUCGAGCAGCCGUUGCUACCACCACCGAACUUCCGACCUUUCUUUACUCUAAUCGAAGAUACAACGUCGGGCGAGCACUACCACCCGUAUACACACUAUGUCUUUGCAGAUGACGACCCGACCAUCAUAACCGCCGCAUCGAUGCGAGGCUUAGGGCUGGAUGACACAAAGUACCUCCCACAGGAUGCGCCAGGUGGUGGUGAGAGACGACGCAACCAGGGAAGUGAAGAAGGAGACGAGCAAGCCUCACCAGUCGAGUCACCGCUUCCCCCACCUAUACCGGGUGUCAAGGAACACUACCUCAUAAUCGAUGUCGCGGCGGACGGACGAACCAUCGCAGAUGCGCAGUCGCUUUCAUCGGAGUGGCAGAUAACGGAAACGGAUGUGCGAACAGCUCCGUCGUUCGAUGAGAAUGCGCCAGAUCAAGGGUACAUGCUCCGGAUUCAAGGCGUUGAGAUACCGAGGAAGAGCAAGGGAAAGGGUCAGGCUGGACUGGACAGGCUGAACGAGGCGAGGGACCAACAAGCCGAUAUCUUCGAUGCAUUAGACGGAUUAGUACAGGGUAUCGAAGGAGGACUGGAGACUGCGGGCAAGAUCUCGGGCGCGAGGUCAAGAAUAGGCGAACAAGGCACACUGGCCGAUGCUCGUGAGGAUGAUAUAAGCAAGACGAGAUGCGGUUGGUGCCGGCUGUGGUUGCCCACAUCCAGCGUUCUCGAAAUACCAUCAAUACCCCAGCGCACUCUGUAAUGAGCGGGUCUUUUAUGUCAAGAGUAGCACUACGCUGUCUACCAGUCUACCGCAGGAUACGAUUCUUACUCAGAUGCCAUCUUCAACCCUGAAGACAUCUCUAAUACCG